AUGAUCUCUGUCAAGCACAGAUCCCCUUCCAAAUCCAUGGAAGCCGCACAGAAUAAGGAAAACCGCGUCAAGAAGCGCUCGUCCAAUGCCUGCCAACGAUGCCGAAGACAAAAGAUCAAAUGCUCGGGAUCGCAGCCGUGCGACACCUGUAGCAAGCGCAAAUCAACUUGCACGUUCGAUGAUCGGGACCAGAAAAUCCUCGUCACUCGGGGAUACCUCGAAGACCUCCAACGGCAGCUAGCACUCCUCAAGGGCGGCGAAGAUGAAGCGUUCAGCCCGCAAAGUAUGGAGCAGGAGGUGCUCCGGCCGACGACGGAGGGUAAGGCGUCGAUAUCGGAGGCGACGGGACGUGCCAUACCAACCGAUCCCAUGCUAGGAGGCGACGACCUGGCCGUCGAAGGGGAACCGGAAUGGGGUCACAAUCUCGAAGGCGCAUCGCAACUCACAAACCCAUUAUCGUCGGGUCCGUCCACGUUUAUGGCGGCAGCAUCCGGGCGAAUCUUCUAUCUAGGAACCUCGUCCAAUUGGUCUUUCGCGCGCAAGAUUCUGAGCAUGACGCAUGAGCAUUUAUACAACGCGCCCCUGCCCACGGGGAGUCUCUACUUCGACGGUUCGGCGUACGAUCUAGGCUGGGAGGGAACGAGGACCACAGUGACCCACGAGAUACCCAUGGCACCUCCCUUAGACUUCUCCAUCUACCUCAUCAACGCGGUCAAGUUCCAUGCCGGCCAGUUGUUCCACCUCUUCGACGAGGAAACCUUCAUGGGCGGCUUGUACGCCUUCUACGAGAAUCCAGAGCAUCAGAUGGCGCAUUCGGGCUUGUGGUAUAUUCAUUACUUGCUCAUCCUGGCGUUUGGCAAGGCGUUUGUCGUGCAGCGAAAUCAAGGGAGUCGACCGCCGGGGUGUGAGUUCUUUACCAAGGCAUUGCAGUUACUGCCGGACACCACCAACCUCUGCCGGGAUCCUAUCGUUGCCACGGAGAUUCUUUGCUGUAUCGCCCUAUAUUUGCAAUCGCUUGAUUGUCGCAACUCGGCGCACAAUUAUAUUGGCCAAGCAGCGCGCAUCGCCCAGGCCCAGGGAAUGCAUACCAACAUGUCCGCGGAGCACCUCGGGGACGCGAUCGUCCAGCGAUGCCGCCGGAUUUGGUGGACCAUCUACAUCCUUGAUCGCCAGAUGACCUCGUUGAUGGGGUUGCCGCAAUCCAUCCGAGACGAUCAGCUACACCACCAGCUGCCCUACUUCCCGGGAUCGCCCCAGAAGGCGAUCGCCCUCAGCAUGCAAAUCAAGGUGUGUCAGAUCAUGGACGAAAUCAGCAGCAGUGUUUAUGGGCCGGAUGGCCGCCUGAAUCGGAAUUUCCUGUUGCGAACCAAAAGCGCUCUCGCCAGCGCCGCAGAGGUGAUCACCGAGCUUCGAAAAUGCUACGACUUGCGCCUAGAUGAGUCCUCAAUCAGCGGCGUGUCCCGACUAUCGGCGCACCUGCAUCUACUCUACCAUCAGUGCAUCGUAUUGGCAACCCGACCGGUGUUGUUUUGCUUUUUGAAGAUGCGCAUCCAAACCACCGACAGUUCGCUCGAAUCCCUGAACUCGUCGGCCAACGUGCGCAAGCUGCUGCAGGUCUGUAUCGACUCCGCGCAGCAGAUCCUGAACAUCCUGAUGGUUCUCCAGCGACAGAAUCUCUUAGACAGUUUCCUCCCGUUCGACCUCGAAGCCACGUAUACCGCCGCUGUCGUCCUUGUCACCGCCCCUGCCGCUGACGCGUCCCUCCUCGACGACUGGACGCCGUGGUUCCACACGAGCGUCACGGUGCUAGAUGAAAUGAUAUCCCGGGGGAAUUUGAUCGCCGGGUUUCGCAAGUCGGAGUUGCAGCAGCUCGCCGGGAUGCUGAGCCAGCUGGCAACCGACGGAGACCUUCACAGCACCGAAUUGGCCAGGAAAGGGCAGCUGGAUCGCAUCAUCUCCCGACUGCCCUCCCCGUCCACGCCGGAUCGAGUGUUCGGGAUUUCGGAAAUCACCAAUUUGAAUCCGGGUCUGACGACGGACGAGAUCAUGGCUGUGGCGGAGUCGAUCGAUACGGGGGAUGUGGAUUGGAUUGCGCACGCCGUCACGGAGAAUCAUAUCUGGUAG